AAUUUGUCUUUUUGUCGAAGAAAUUCAUUUACCAGGGUAGGGUUAGGAUAAAAAAUGAACGAACAAAACACUCAGAAGCCGACUGCGGUUAGUACAUUUUACUCUCUUCUCGAAAGGGCCAAGUUGGCAGAUUAUUAUGAAAGGUUUUUAGCCCAAGGAGGGGAUGACAUUGAUCAGCUUUGCGAAGCAACUGAUGAUGAAUUUAAGGAGAUUACGAGAAUGGUUGGCAUGCAUACGAAGCCUUUGCACAUACGAAGACUGCAAAAAGCUUUGCUCGAAUUUUGGGCUGAGAAAGAAAAGUCAUGUCAAGUAUUUCCAAGCUCGGCCAACCUCGGUCCUUCGUGGAUAGAAAUAUGGAACAAAGAACAAGCUUCUCAAACGAUAAAAAGCCACAACUCCAACAUAUCUCUGCCAACAACAGCUACCAUCAGAAUUACAACGAUUGACAAUGACAUGGAAGAAGAUAAACCUGGGGAUGGAACUUUACCCACCAAAAGAGGAAGGCCGCCGAAGGGAGUGAAAAGAGGUGCACAAGCCGAUGUGUUUGAGUUGAAACUUCCAGCAAUGGAUGUCAUAAUAAAUUGGGAAAAGUUAGACGAAGAACGAAAGCAACUUAUACGUGAACACUCUAGAAUUUAUGGACGAGACACAAAGAAACGAAAGAGUUUAGAGCUUAAUAGUCACGAACAAGUUAUCAACGAGGCUGCCGCUCAACUCUGUUUGAGAGAUCCUACAUUACUAGUCCGACGAGAUGAACUCUUCUCUCAAGCGAGAAGAAUUGUUAGGGACAGUGGCUUUCCUGUUGUCCAUGGUCAUUCCCGCUCAAAAUUUGUAGAAGAAGGAGGAUUACUUGAAGAAGACUAUAAAUUUGAUUCCUCAAAGUACAAUAGGACAACUCUUACACGUAUGAAUCGUCAAGCGAGACUGGAGGAAGUGAACGAUUUGUUGGUAAAACUGUUGGAAAGACAAGUCAUGUUGAUUAAGAAGAGACGCGAACUAGAAAUCAAUAAACAACCAAUUGGUGAUUUGCAGCAGGAGUUAAACAAUCUUUCAAUUGAAAUGACAAAUUUGCAAAUCGAGCAAAAGCAACUGCAGAAAAAGUUGCGUCGAUCUGAAAGAUAUCAACAGGGCAAAGUGCAAAAGAAACUAAAUGUUUCCAUGGAAACCCCCCAAACGAUUCAAUCUAAACUAUCUGGUGAAAAUUUACAAUCACAGGCACAGCAUGCAGUGAUUGUAACUGAUCUUUUACAAGCAGUAAAUAAUGAUGGCCAGCAACAUGAUCAAGGCUCAUCAGGAAAUACUGCCGGUGGGCAAACAUUAUACACAAUCAUACCUCAACAACAAUUGGCAGAUGCAACUGAAUUGGACCAAACAACCAUAAAUAGUUUAUUGAAUAUUGCUCAGGACCAAGAGAAGUUGAACACCAACCCCCCAGGUAGUUUGUUCGACUUUGUGAUGAACUACAACCAACACAGUGAACCUUGCAACAAUGGAGAACAUACUGACUCAGUUGGGACUCAGCAAAAGCCAAAUGUCAUCACAGCCACUGAUCUCACAAAUGAAAUCCACAACUACUGCAGAACCCAGUAUGAGGCAACAACAAAGACAGUCUCCACCACCAACAUGUCAACCAGAGAUUAGCGUAGCUGAUUCACUGGUCACAUCAACAGCUACACAAAUAAUAAAUGCAGGAUCGAGUACAUUGCCUAGCGAUGUUACUACAUUACAAAAUCCCUAUGUUUGAUUUUGACUUUAAGUCCAGUUGGCAAACAUGAAAAAAGCUUUUGUAGCAAAACACCAAAGUAUUUUUAUCAAAUAUUUGCUCCACUAGUGGAUGACGAUUACCUUUGCUGUUUUUCCACUUCUUUGAAGCAUGUCUAAAAGAGAAAUAGACAUGAUUGAGAACAUGUAUAUAAUUGGGAAGAAAGAUUUGCGUGUGUGACUUA